AUGUGGGACGCCCACAGGCUCCCCCCGGGGGCCCCCCCCUUCGCUCCUGCUGCUGCUUUAUCUGCUGAGGGUUUUGCUGCGCUGCGGGCCUUCGAGGGGGGUUUGGGGUGUAUAGACAGCAGCAGCGCAUCCAUUCAGGGGCUUUCUGCUGCUCUCGUGCAUGCAGCACAUUCGCCAGCAGUUUACCACUGUCUUGCUGCUCUGAAGGCGCAGAUCCAGGCUGCUGCUGCUGCUGCUGCUGCUGCUGCUGGGGGCGGAGCAGCAGCAGCAGCAGCAGCAGGCUCGGGGCAGCUCGUGCUGCUGCUGUACGUGGUCAACGAUGUGCUGCAGCGCUGCUGCAGCUGUGGGGCCCCGUUUUUGCUGCAGCUGUGCCUGGACCCGCUGCGGAGCCUCUGCGCAGCAGCAGCAGCAGCAGCAGCAGCAGCAGCAGCAGCAGGAGCAGCAGCAAAUGGACUGGAUGAAUUCAAAAGAGUUCUCGAAAUCCUCAAACAAAGAGACACUUUUGGGGGCCCCGAAAUCUGCGAAGCUCUUAUGAGGGUUUUGGCUGGACAGGAUGUGCAGCUGCCGCAGGUCCCCAAGCAGCUCAUGCUGCAGCAGCAGCAGCAGCAGCAGCAGCAGCAGCAGCAGCAGCGCCUCAGCCACAAAGCCGCAGAUGCACCCGAGGGCAGAUCGGUGAAGGGCCCCCAGACACUGGAUGGGUACCGGCUGCACUAUCCUUCUGCUGCAGAUGCUGCAACAGCAGCAGCAGCAGCAGCAGCAAUUCCAGCAGCACCAGAAGACACAGCUUUUAAGCAGCAGCUGCACCGAACCCUCACACUUGCCAAUGACUGCACUCUCACCAUCAGAGACGCCCAAGACAGCAGGAAGCGACAGAAUGCGAGGGUUUUGGAAGUGCAGCAGCUGCUGCAGCGCCUCGCCAGCGGGGAAGACACGGAGGAGCAGCAGGCGGAGCUCAAUGAGCGGCCACAAUCUGAAGAAAACUUGCGCACAAGUUUAACAAAUGCAAGAGCGCGCAUAGCUCGACUAUAUGAGAAGGAAUGGAAUAAGACAGUGCAGCUCCAAGAGGCUUUCUUGGUGCUUGCGCAAACGGUGGAGCAGCGCAUGCAAGAAGCUCUUUUGCGUCACUGCAAAUGCAGAGAAAUAAAAUUAAUAUUUGACAGAGCAAUAGCUGAAGCGAAAGCAGCAGCAGCAGCAGCAGCAGCAACAGCAGCAGCAGCGCCGGCAGCUGCAGCAGCAAACCCAGAAGCAGCCGCAGCAGUACACGCUGCGCCCAACUCGUAA